AGCAGGAAGAGAAGGCGUGCACGCGCGCGAGCAACUGAACUAUGAUGAUGAUGGGGAAGUAGCGUUAACGUCAACUGUCAGUCGCCUGAGGAGACAUUUUCACAACUUUUCGGCUCAUUCCUAAAGUUUUAGUGCGAUUUCAGUGAAGUGGAGCGAACGGCGUGAACAUGUUCUCUCGAAAGAAGAAGGAGCCGACAAAUAAAGCGUCCUCACCCUCCAAAAAGAGCAACCCUUCGUUGUCCAUUCUUCAGGAACACUGUCCCAAUGACACUAUCGAUGGCUCCUGCACGCUGGCCGCUCCUGAUCCGGGCCCCGUAUCCUGCCCGGGAACACCGGCCCCCCACUCCAAGCUAACGGUGUGUAGUUCACCUGUCGGCACGCUGAAGCGGCCCUCGGGUCUCAGCCGUCACGCCAGCGCCGCCGGCUUGGCCUUCUACACCUCGGGGACCUGGGGCUUCCAUAAGGGCUAUGUGCGGGCCGCUCUCUCCUACGGACACGCUGCAGACUGCACGGAAACAUCGGUCAUCGAGGUGGAGGACAUUCCCUCGCUGCUAAGAGACGUGGCCCGCUUCGCAGAGGCAGUGGAGAAACUAAAAGACAUGGUUCUGGGAGAAGUGAAAGAGGAGCCAUGCAGCCGGCCGGCCGUGCACGAGUGUUUAGGGGAGGUUCUGCGUGUUUUGCGACAGGUUAUCAGCACAUAUCCUCUGCUGAACACUGUGGAGACGCUCACCGCAGCUGGAACUCUUAUCUCAAAGGUCAAAGGGUUCAGUUAUGAAGGCACCAGUGACGCUCAGAAGAAAGACUUUGAGAAGGCCAUUGAAACCAUUGCUGUGGCCUUCAGCAGCAAUGUUUCAGAGUUGUUGAUGGGAGAGAUCGACAGCACUACUCUUCUGUCCCUGCCGCCGACAGAAAAGAGCCGGUCGAUGGAGGACCUGUACAGAGGGUCGUCAGGUCAGGGUCCUGAAGGAGGAGGAAAAUACGACCAUCAGGACUGCAUGAGUGCACAGGAAGUUGAUAUUCUCCUGCAGCGCAGUGAAGGCGGUGUGGACUCGGCUCUGAAUUACGCCAAAUCCAUCGCCAAAUACAUGAAGGACAUCAUCAGCUACGUAGACAAGAGAAUCGCUCUCGAGAAUGAGUUUUCUAAAGGUCUUCAAAGACUCUACCAGUCCUGCAAACAGAACAUCAUACAGGAACACAUGCCGUUGAUGUCGAUCAUCUCUCUGGCUCUCGAGCAGGACUCCGAGCAGAGCAGCGGUUUACAACAGGCCACAAACAACAUCUACACACACUCAUUUCUACAGCCCAUGACACAGCGCAGACAGGAACACGAGAAGAAGCGCAGAGACAUUAAAGAGCAGUGGCAGAGGGCCAAGAGAAAACUGGCCGAUGCGGAGAGUAACCUCCGAAAGGCACGUCACCUGUACAUGAGCCGCUGUGAGGAGUACGAGAGAGCACGGACAGUGGCCAAUAAGGUUGAAGAGGAACAAAGCGGAACAGGAAGUGGCUCAACCACUAAAGCUUUGGACAAGAAGAGACGACUAGAAGAAGAAGCACGCAACAAGGCGGAAGAGGCGGAGGCGACGUAUCGCACAUGCAUCGCUGACGCCACGACACAGCAGCAGGAGCUGGAGGACAUGAAGGUGAACAUGCUCAAACAGAUCCAGGAACUCAUCAGACAGACGGACCAGAUCCUGCGGGCGUGCACCAUCUCGUACUAUCAGACGAUGCAUGUGCAGACUGCAGCGCUCCCGGUGCACUUCCAGACGCUCUGUGAGAGCUGUAAGCUGUACGAUCCGGGUCAGCAGUACGCCUCAUACGUCAAAAACCUGCAGCUGCGCACAGAGCUGCCCGUACAGUACCAGUUCGAGCCGUACUCCGCGUCCAGCCACCAGCAUAUUCGGACCCGAAACAACAGUCUGUGCACCGACCAGCGGCAGAGCAGCUCUGAAGCUCCGCCCACUGAAGAGGAGGCGGGGUUUGUGGAAGAAGCUGUGGUUAAACAAAGACGAAGUCAAGCAGGUAGAGACCAUCAUCAAGCUCAUAAGUCCUGGCCGUCCACCCUGAGUGACUCUGACAGUGUCGGUCCAGGAAGUGCACUGGGAUCCCCGACCUCCAGCACAGGUGAUAUCUCAAAACCUUUAAGGCCGGUUUCUGCAGCCACAUUGUCAUCCAGUGAAGAUUUAGAGGAGCGAGAUGGUGCCAUGACCCCGUUUGAACAAAGUAUAAAUGGAAUUGAAUCUGAAAACACGGCACCCACGGGACCUUUCAGAAACGUGGGAUUGUCCAGAGCUGCAAAAACCCAUCGUCUGCGCAAGCUGCGCACGCCGUCAAAGUGCAGGGAAUGUGACAGCUACGUUUACUUCCAGGGAGCAGAAUGUGAAGAGUGUUUCCUGGCGUGUCAUAAGAAGUGUCUGGAGUCUCUGGCCAUCCAGUGCGGUCAUAAGAAGCUCCAGGGCCGUCUGCAGCUCUUCGGCCGUGACUUCUCUCAGGUCCUGCAGGGCAGCGUCGACGACGUUCCCUUCAUCAUCAAGAAGUGCAUCACUGAGAUCGAGAGGAGAGCGCUCAAGAUGAAGGGCAUCUAUCGUGUGAAUGGAGUGAAGACGCGUGUGGAGAAGCUGUGCCAGGCGUUCGAGAACGGUAAAGAGCUGGUGGAGCUGUCUCAAGCGUCUCCACACGACAUCAGUAACGUGCUGAAGCUGUACCUCAGACAGCUCCCAGAGCCCAUCAUGCCCUUCCGUAUCUAUAACGAGCUGAUGGGACUGGCCAAGGAAAGCCUGACCUCGGACGCCUCGGAGAAGAGCCCAGAGCUGGUGGAUCGUGGGUCAGACACCGAGCCUGAAGUGCUGGUCUUAGUGGAGAAACUGCGAGAGCUGCUCGAGCGUCUGCAGCCUGCUAACAUCGCCACGCUCAAGUACAUCGUGAAGCACCUGUGCAGAGUGUCUGAGUUGGAGCAGGAUAAUAAAAUGAGCGCCAGUAAUUUAGGGAUCGUGUUCGGCCCGACCCUGAUGAGACCCAGACCCACGGGAGCCACGGUGUCCCUGUCGUCUCUGGUGGAUUACCCUCAUCAGGCGCGCAUCGUAGAGACUCUGAUCGUCUUCCAGCAGUACAUCUUCAUCUCGUCCUCUUCCUCCGUCAGCUCUCCAGGACCGAGCCAGGACAGUGAGUCUGGGAUUUAUGAAGAGCCAAACACAGCAGAUCUGGAAUGUGGUGGUUCUGUGGGUUCCUCUGGUUCUCAGGAGGACUCCGACUCAGACGUGGAGGAUCUGAUCAGAGCGAGUCGCCCACAGCGCCCUCCUCUGGUGAGUCAGGAGAGUGAGACCAGCACAGAAGAAGACCAGACGAGUCCCAGAGCGAGUCUGGACCUGAGCGCACUGGUCCCAGAGACCAUCCCAGAGCAGACCCUCAGUGCAGAGCCACAGCAGCUCUCAGAUCAGUAAGAGUUUAAUAUGCAUUUCAGCUCUCAGAGAUGCACAGCUGGAGAACAAGUGUUAUGUGUACAUACAUACGUACAAGUCAGAUGAAUAACAUUAAGAAUACUGACAGGCGAACUCAUGUGACCUCUCAGUGACCUCUCAUGCUGAUAUGAACUGGAUGUUUAUAUAAUAUUGGUCUCUUUCAGAUUUCUAAUGCAGAAGAUGGUGCUUAUAUUAACCCGUUAGCCACUAGUCUGUAUAAAGCACCACAUUCAUAACCUGCAACUGGAAAACAAUAACAAACACAAACGUCAUUAUUAUUAAUAUUAUUUAAUAGGAUCUCAAGGUUAGUCAGUGUGAUGUAGAUAUUAAAAGUGCUUCGCUUAAGUCUCAUAUUUUUCUAUGCAUUUUUGUUCGGAAGUACGUAUCACUUUUAGGAGCUUGCAACGUUAUAUUUUACAAUAUUUAUUAUAGUUUCAUCUAUGCACUGGAGUUUGUUGGCUGAUGGUUACACUGGUCUAACAACAGCCGGACUGCUGGUCAGUGCUGGUUUGAAUGCUUGUGUAAUGCAUUAUGAAAUGUUUCUGCAUAUUUCUCUUCUAAAGAUUGUACUAGUGUGUGUUAUUUGAUUACUUGAUGUCUUACUAAAGCACUUCAUCUCAACCAUGUUAACUAAAGCCUUUAACCUUUGACCUGACUGAUUAAUGCAUGACACCACAGAAAUUAAAGUUCAAACCCUUAUGUAUAUUCUGUAAGUGUAUAUAUUUUUUAGAAAACAUCAAUAGGCAAUAAAUCUGGAAUUUCUACUA